AUGAACACCCUAAUUCAGAGGAUCAUGACUCAGAGUUCACCUUAUGAUGACAGUGAUGUAUCUACUGAUGAGGAGCCGCUCUUACAGCAAAGCUCCAAUGAAGAAAGCAGGAUGCAUGUAAUAAGGAAUAUUAACACAUAUGCCAGGACUAAGACUAUUGCUCAAGGCUUUCUAGAUAUGGCCCUAUUUACUGCAAAUGCCUCGCAGAUGAAGCAUCUCCUACAAGAAGGCCCGAGCACACAGUUUUACUACUUCCUAUUCGUCUACUGGUAUUGCAUCUCUGUCAUACUUCAGCUGAUUGUUGCAGGCCUGUUAAUUUAUAAAGGAUCAAAGAACAUAGAAUGUGAUGAUCCAGAGCGCAGGCUCAGUGACAGAGUGCACUUGCUGAAUAACGUGGUAACCGGGUUAAUCCUGGUGAUCACUGCUGUCAAUGUGUUCAUCACCGCCUUCUGGUUCAGUCCUGCUCGCACCACCCCAGAGGACCAACACCUCAUUCCAACCACAACCUGCUCUGACUGUUGAUGUCAAUGAAGACGACUCAUUAGAGACGAGACUAUACUACAC